AUGUUGGUUGGACUAGGUAAUAAUAUUAGCACAAGUGGAAUUGGAAUGCCAUCCUAUGCGAGUGGUCGCCGCACAGUUAGUGCAGCUACACCCUCACAGAUCCAAAUGGCCUCACCUACCUUUCAUUCGCCACAUAGCUUCUAUCCUUCUCAACAAGUAGAUCUGUGCCGCACUAAUGGCAACGAUUCACUUUUGUCGGAUCCUUUUCCUUCUACACCUUACACUUCAGUAAACAAUUUGUUCAUGUCUCAGGCGGUACGCAACACCCUUAUUACACCCCACUUUAUCCGUCAAGCGCGUGCCGUCACACAUGUGACAUCCUCGAAGUUCGCUCCCUACACAACAAUUUACAAUUUGGAAGCCGAGGAUAAACCAAGUGUGCAGAUCCCCAAGUUGUCCACACAGGUUUACCAAACCACUGCCCGUUACACAGGCAAGGAUAUUCUAUUGCGCCGCAUCGUCAAGACCUCCAUCGUAGCGGAGGACUGUAAAGUGGUUUAUGAAACGCUACGACACUACCGACAUCCCAAUCUUGUGCCCCUCACAAAUAUCUUCACGACAGAUGAGUUUAUUAUGGGAAGCUCCGAUGUCAUAAUGGAGUAUCGUUUUAUGCCCGGCGCUAAAAGCAUAUACGAUGCACUUUUCUCCGAAAACAACCGCGCCACGGAAGGCUUGCUGUGGUCCUUUACGUGCCAGAUGGUGGGAUUACUGCGCUCUUUUCACGAGACGUUGAUACCUUUACGUGGGUUGCACUGGUCAAAGAUCAUCUACAUAGAAACGACCGGAAGGUUCUACUUCACGGGCCUCGGUCUUGUUGAUCUACUGGAACCAAAUCUGCCCUCGUCAAUGUUACACUUGAUGAUGAAGCAAGAUAUUCAGGCCUUUGGUCUUAUCCUUUUCCAGAUCGCGACACGGAACGUCGAUGCAAAACCAGAAAAUUUCGUCAGCAAGCAUCCUCUGGUUGGGUUUUCCUCCAGUUUCUGGGAGCUCAUUAAGAUAUGCCUUGAAGGCAACGCCGACGCUGCACAGUUGUGCCAUGCGCUGGGGGAGAGAAUAUCGAUGGAGGUAGGCCAUCAAGAGGGUCAUGCAGACUUUCUCCUCUCUCAAUGUGGGAAGGAAAUGCAUAACGGCCGUCUUAUGCGUCUGAUGAUCAAAUUAAACUUUGUAUUAGAGUCUCUUCACGAUAUCCAAUACAGUACUGAUACCCAGAGGUACGCACUAAGGCUGUUUAGCCAGUUCGUAUUCAACCAGGUCGAUGAUCAGAACCGUGUGCACGUCGACUGGGGCCAUGCAUACCACUGUUUGAACAAACUGGAUUGCGGCUCCGAAGAGACAAUACAGCUUAUUGGAAAUGAUGCAAACACAACUGUACUUGUUAUCAGUUAUGCAGACCUCCGUGUGAUCCUUGACGGAUUAUUUGAACAGUUGCAGCAGUUAGCAUUACAGGCGGGAAAUGGCGCUGACAUAGAGAAUCAAACAUUCAUACCGGCUUCUCCGGGGCCUGCAUAA